CCCCGCCCCGCUGCCCAGCCGCGCGCUCCAUGCCCGCACUCCGCUCCCUGCCGCCUCGAGCCAUGGCCGCCGCCUUCGACUACCUGGUGCUGGGAGGCGGCUCGGGCGGGCUGGCGAGCGCGCGGCGCGCGGCCGAGCUCGGGGCCCGCGUGGCUGUCGUGGAGCAUCAGCGCCUGGGGGGCACCUGCGUGAAUGUUGGAUGUGUACCAAAAAAGGUGAUGUGGAACACAGCUGUCCACUUUGAAUUCAUCCAUGAUCAUGCUGAUUAUGGCUUUGAAACCCCCAAUAUUAAGUUUAAUUGGCGAGUGAUUAAAGAAAAGCGUGAUGCUUAUGUGAGCCGCCUGAACGGGAUCUAUCAAAAUAACUUAAACAAGGCUCACAUAGAAACCAUUCGUGGCCAUGCAGCUUUUACAUCUGAUCCUGAGCCUACGGUAGAAGUCAAUGGUAAAAAAUACACAGCUCCCCACAUCCUUAUAGCUACAGGUGGGCGACCAUCAAUUACCCAUGAUAGUGAAAUCCCUGGUGCCAGCUUGGGAAUCACCAGUGAUGGGUUUUUUGAACUUGAAGAAUUGCCCAGGCGCAGUGUUGUUGUUGGUGCUGGAUACAUUGCUGUGGAGAUAGCUGGAAUCCUUUCCACACUGGGAUCAAAGACAUCCUUACUGAUACGUCAUGACAAGGUGUUAAGGACUUUUGAUUCAAUGAUCAGCGCAAACUGUACUCAGGAACUGGAGAAUAUUGGCAUAGAAGUCUGGAAGCAUUCACUGGUCAAAUCGGUUACAAAAUCUCCUCUUGGAUUGUUGGAGGUAACGGUAAUGUCCACUGCGCCUGGUCACAAACCCACAGUUAGCACAAUCCCGGAUGUUGACUGUCUGCUGUGGGCCACUGGACGAGAUCCAAACACUGAGGGGCUUAAUCUAGACAAACUGGGUCUUAAGUUAGAUGCUAAAGGUCACAUUAUAGUCGAUGAGUUCCAGAACACCAGCAGGAAAGGGAUCUACGCUGUCGGGGAUGUAUGUGGAAGAGCACUUCUGACCCCAGUUGCAAUAGCAGCUGGAAGGAAACUGGCACACAGACUGUUCGAAGGCAAGCAGGAUUCCAAACUCGACUACAGCAACAUUCCUACCGUGGUCUUCAGCCACCCGCCAAUCGGAACGGUGGGACUCACGGAAGAGGAAGCCAUUUCUACAUAUGGAAGAGAGAAUGUGAAGAUCUACACCACCUCUUUUACCCCCAUGUAUCACGCUGUAACUCAAAGGAAAACUAAGUGUGUCAUGAAACUGGUUUGUGCCGGCAAAGAAGAGAAGGUGUUGGGACUACACAUGCAGGGCAUAGGAUGUGACGAAAUGCUGCAAGGUUUCGCUGUAGCAGUCAAAAUGGGAGCAACAAAGGCCAGCUUUGAUGAGACGGUUGCCAUUCACCCAACUUCAGCAGAAGAGCUGGUCACGCUCCGUUGAAAGGUGGCCAAUUGGUUGGAAGUUUAUUAAUUUAAGCUUGCCAGUCGUGGAGAUAAUAUUGACUCUGCGAGGAAAGUCUUGUCGGGAAAUUCCACAAAGCCUUUUAACUGAGCCAGUGACUGAACUUGUAAGUUGAAAUCCCUACAAGGACUGUCUAGUUGCAGUUUGUGAUUCCUGAGAUGGAAGGGGUGAGAACACCAUGGAUACCUCCUACUGGCUAUUGCUUCUUGUAAGAAGUAUUACUUCCACGCGAUUGAGACAUGAGGUUUAUGAAAUGCAAUUUGGAAUCAUGCCUUCCAGCCCCUCAUGGGGGAUUACAAUGGGGAUGAGUGUGAUGGAAUGCACCCCUGUAUUUGCACCCUACACACUGUUGUACAAAAUAUGCCUUGUGAAGUAUCAUUUGAAAACUAAGAACUCACUGGUCAAUAAUAUCACAGAGAAAUGUGUGUAGCAACUUUUAUAUGUAAAGUUUAAACAUAAGCUGAAAUUAUGACUGAAGUGUGUUUCCCAGAUAAAUCUGGGCGUGGGUAAACAUGUUUCUCAGACAAAGGAUAAGCUGACAGAUCUGGCCAGGUGUCAUCAAAGCUGAUGGGCCGUCACCUGUCAAGUGGCCAUUCUUUGGCAAGAAAGGGGGGUGGGGGCAGGAAUAAAAAUACCUGCAUUUUAGCAAAUAGCCACCAGCAGCUAUUCUUUCACCACCAGACUUCUUGACUCCAACCUCAUAGCGGAAAUGAACUUUAUCUAGGGGUAACCCUCAGGAAAAUGGAUUUCAAAGGGGUACUGAACUAUAAAAAGUGAGAGGGGAACACACCAAGUUCUCUUGUCCUAUUCAUCUCUUGCCCUUUCAUGUGAGAAGACAAAAGAAACCAUCCCAUUUGACGCUGGGAUCUUGACCUGAAAUCUGGUCACCUUUGUUGCUGGGACCAUGUGGUAAGAAUUUUAUCUUGAACCAAGUCUAUCUUGUUAAGUUUAAGUCCUAGGAAGGGUUUUAUAUUUAUUUCUCUUGUAACCAUUUCUGAUUUUAAUGCCAUAUACUUGUACUCACUUAAAAUAAAUCUCU